UACAUUUAUUUUUUCAUAUAUAUACGCAUAGUUUCUCUUAAAUAAAUUAUUAGGUAUUAUUUGAGUGGAGAAGCAAUCCAAAAAUAUGGCUACCCAAAAGUGCAAUCGUGUAGUUUCGUUUGCGUUGUUCAUUGCAGUUGCGUUACCAGUAACUCUAUUUUUCCUCAAUACCUCUGACAUUUGGAAAUUAAAAGGUGCAAUCCUAAACAUAGUAGGAAGCCAUGAUAGAAAAUCAUCAAGCAAUGAUAAUAUUACCAAAAUUAACAUGGCCAACAUGACGAUGGAAAUUAGUCCUAACUUAACAUCAUGCCAUGACUCCUAUGGUCGUCCAGACCUCUUAGUCAAUUGUUGUCCUCCCUUAUCAGCAACUGAUGACGUGGCAAUCGAUUUCCAAUACAUUUAUUCAAAAUCAUCAAAGCUUAGAGUUCGUCGCUCAGCUCACCACUUAGAUACCACAUAUAUUGCUAAAUACACCAAAGCUCUUACUAUCAUGAAAUCCCUUCCCUAUAGCGACCCUCGAAGCUUUUCCCGCCAAGCCUUACUCCACUGCACCUUUUGCACCGGUGCUUAUGACCAGAAAUUCUCAUCUGCCACAAUUGAUAUCCAUCGUCAAUGGCUUUUCUACCCUUUCCACCGAAUGUACCUAUACUUUCAUGAGCGAAUUCUCGCUAGCCUCAUCGAUGACGACACUUUUGCUUUGCCCUUUUGGAAUUGGGAUAACCCUGACUCCAUGAUUUUCCCCAAGAUGUUUCUUGAAGGACCCUUUGUAGAUUCACAACGAGAGCCUUCACACUUCAAUAAAGUUGUGGAUUUGAAUUAUAAUUCAUAUACGGUUGGCAAUGCAUCUGGAGAACAAGAACAAGUUGAUACUAAUUUGGCAUUUAUGUAUAAUCAAGUUAUCGCUGCUGCAAAAAAGCCUGAGCUUUUUAUGGGAUGCCCAUUGUAUCCCGGUGAAGAUGGGUAUUGUGAUGGACCUGGCACUGUAGAAUUGGCACCACACAACACUGUUCAUACAUGGGUUGGGCUUUCUUCGAAUCCCCACAAUGAGAACAUGGGAGCUUUCUAUUCGGCGGGUUGGGACCCAUGUUUCUAUUCUCAUCAUGCAAAUCUUGAUCGUAUUUGGGAUGUUUGGAGAGACAUUCAUGGUAUGUACUUACCCAUAAACGAUACUGUAUGGCUCAAUUCAUAUUUCUAUUUUUACAAUGAGAAUCUUCAACUAGUAAAGAUCAAAGUGUCGGAUGUUUUGAAUACUAAGGAGCUCGGUUAUACUUAUGAAGAGACUGAUCUUGCAUGGUUGAACAAACGCCCUAAACCCUUCAUUUCACCAAAAAUUGCCAAACAUAUAUUGAAGACUCAAGAGAAUUAUCAUAACGAAACUUCAAGGUUACAUUUGUUUAGCAAUAAAUUAGAGGGUCGGAGUCUCAAAUACCCCAUAAAAGUAAAGGUACCCAGGCCCAAACCAUAUCGAUCUAAGGAGGAGAUUAAAGAAGAAGAGGAAGUUCUUGUGGUUUAUGGAAUCAAGACUAAAGGGGAUGGAAUAGUGAAGUUCGAUGUGUAUGUGAAUUUAGUAAAUGAGACGAACGUGGGGCCUACUUAUAGAGAAUUUGCUGGAACUUUUGUUCGUUUACCUAUGAAGAGAAUUGGAGCAAGUAAUGGAAAUAAAAAGUCUAGACUGAAAUUAGGAAUAUCAGAAUUGUUGAGAGAUUUAGAGGCUGAUAGAGAUGAGAGUAUUUGGGUGACUCUUUUGCCUAAAACUAGCUCAUGUGCCAACACUGUGAUUGAUGGAGUUCGGAUUGAUUAUAUGAGAUAGAUGACUAGUUCUGGUUGAUUAGGUUGAAGAUGACUUGAAAUAGUAUAUUCUUUAUUACUAGAAUUUAUUAUCACAAACUUAUAUGAUAUGUACUGUGGAUAUGAAGACAUCCACUCACUUUGACAACAAUAUUGUUGAACGAGUAGAAGAAUUGGAGGUCAAUUUAGUUAUUGGUGUUCGUUCUCUUUUCUUUUAA